CGCGGCCCGUCAUGCAGCGCGAGCAAGAAGACUGUCUCUAACCGGCCAUUUUAGGCGAAUUCGAUCGGUUUCUGCAGCCUCGCAGCAUCCGAGCUGAAUCCACCGCUUCGGGGGCCCAUCAUGCCCGGGAAUUUACAGGAAGGCUUCGGCUGCGUCGUGACCAACCGGUUCGACCAACUCUUUGAUGAUGAAUCCGACCCAUUCGAGAUUUUAAAAGAGGCCGAGAUCAAGAAAGACAAGAAGGAGAAAGACCCAAAGACGGCUGCCUCUAAGCUGCAGCCCAAGAAGGAGUCGCAGAAAGAUAGGAAGGUGCCCGUUACAUCCAACGACAGUAAACCAGAGUCUCAAGCGCCUGUGACCUUGAGGAAAGAAGGCGUCAGGAGAGUUGGCAGGAAACCUGAGCAGCAGCACCCCCAAGUUGAAGGGAAACCUGUUGACAGGAGACCAGAUAGAAGACCACAACCUCGUGAAAGGCGCUUUGAACGACCAGUGGAAGAAAAAGCUGACGGAGGCGAAUUUUCAACUGAAAACCGGCCGCUAGAUCGUGACAGACCCCCGCGUGGACGUGGAGGCGGAAGAGGGCGUGGACGUGGCCGUGGUUUGGGAAGGGGUGAUGGUUUUGACUCCCGUGGAAAACGUGAAUUUGACAGGCACAGUGGAAGUGACCGAUCUUUCUCUUCCAGUAGUCUGAAACCCGAGGACAAACGAGGUGGCAGUGGAUCGCAUAACUGGGGAACUGUGAAGGAUGAACUUGGUGAACUUGAUCAAUCUGCUGUUACUGAAGAGGCACCUGAGGGAGAUGAGCAACAAGUAGUUGAUUCUGAGAACAAGGAAAAUGAAGUAGAAGAAGUCAAGGAGGAAGGCCCAAAGGAAAUGACUCUCGACGAAUGGAAAGCCAUGCAAGAUAAAGAACGGGCAAAAGCUGAGUUUAAUAUUCGCAAACCCAAUGAGGGCUGUGACAGCAGUCAGUGGAAAAAGGGUUUCGUUUUGCGCAAGCCUAAAGCUGAAGAGAAACGUUUUGAGAAUGAAGAUGUCACUCCCUUGGAAUAUACGGUUACUACCGAUGAAUCUGGUCUGGACCAUCACUUCCGCAAACCUGCAAACGAUAUAACCUCUCAGCUGGAGAUCAAUUUUGGUGAUUUGGGUCGCCCUGGCCGUGGCGGCCGAGGCCGAGGUGGCCGUGGCCGUGGUGGUAAUGCUGGUGGCGGCGGUGGUGGCGGUGGCGGCGGUGGCAGGAGCAUUCGUGGAAUGAGACCAGACAAGUCUAGCAUCUCUGUUCCAAAUGUUGAUGAUCCAGAAGCUUUUCCAGCUCUGGCCUAAGUGGAAGCCGUCAGCCUGGCCUGAAGUCCUCGGAGGAGGGGGGGAAGGCUCCCACUCUGUGAGGCUUGCAUGCUUAAGGAACCCUUCUCAACCAUAUUAACAGAAAAAGAAAAAAAAGACUAUCAUCCAUGCCAUUCACACCUAUGAACUGUUCACAAGGAAUUGUUGAAAUGGACUUCUCUUGCUACACAGAAGCAACAAAUAUUGAUAGCUGAUUUUAUAUCCAUAACAAUGGUAGCAGAGGGGAAAAGCUGUUUUCAUAAUAAAUUUUCAGAAAUUAUGCAUUCUUCAUGGAUUGAUACUUUUUUGUAUUGCUGCUUGAAAAUAUGCAUUUCCAAUUUAAAAAAUAUAGGUGUGAGGAGUGUGCAUAAAUGAGUCCAAUGAGGUGCUUUAUUUCAAUACAUUUUAGAAUCCUUUUGCCUUCAACAGAUAUUCAGUCCUGGUGCAGUUUGGUAUGGUGCUGAUACACUGCUCAACUGGUACAGUUGGUUUGGAGGAAGUGCAUCAAUGUAUAAGAAUGGAACAUACCAAUCUCCAGAAUACUUUUUUUUGGAAAGUUCUCAAUUGCAGUUUGACAAUGCAAUGGGCUAUGGGCUAGGAUUCCAAAGCCUACCCCAGCAUUUGAUUGUGGUGCAUUCUGAAAGAUUUUGUUUUCAGUAGCUAAUGGAGCAGAUAUGAUCAAAAUCUUUAACACCAAACUCUUGUGCAGAUGAUACAUUUAUUUCCUGCAAAGUCUUACAUGGUAAGUGCUGGUAAAUAUCAAUAUUUUAAAGUAUUUAAAUCCUGGAAUACUGAGGUGACCCAUCAAAUUUGCACCAGCUCUUUCAAAGAGAAAUCUGCGUAAUCUCGCUACCCCACUUUUCCCAUGUCCCUGAAAUAACCCCUACAGAUAUUAUAUAGUUUUGUUUUGAAAGCUACUAUCAUGUCCAUACCAUACUGCUUGGUAUACAUUCUCAAUCCCUAUUGCCUACUGUCUUCUAAUUCCCGCUGCUUGUUUAGAAACCUCAAAGGACCAUCCACUUUUCCCAGAAAUGGUGGGAUUUGUGUUCCAAGGCCUCUGCUGUUUAGCUUCUGCUGGAUCAGUUUGUCCUGGCCAUUUUGUUUUGACUUCUAUUUAACAUCUCUCCCAUUGGUUGUUGAAGUGAGACUACUCUGCAGCAACCUAUAUUGUCCACUAUUUCUUAAGGCACUGGAUUUAGUCUCAAUUUGCUGAGCCACCUCGAUGUCGUGGAUGUUUUAGUAUUUAUGGUGAGCCUGAAAUACUGGAAACCAGGAUUUCGAAAAAAAUGCUGUAUUGUGGGAACACAGCUUUCUGUUGCUGAAGUUCUAAUAAGUGUAUUUUUGGAAUGUUACCCAAAAAAUGAGCUACCAUUAUGUCAGAUAGUGAAGUGGUGUUUCGUUUUUUUUAUUUGCACAUGCCAAGUUUGAAUAUACACAUCUUACUUAUUUUCGUCUAGUUAUAAAUUGCACAAAUGGAUGCUGUCAUCAAAUUAUUUUUUGAUCCCAGAAAAUAUUUAGCAAGGAAAAUUGAACUCAAAAAUAGUUGUUAAAUAGCAUCUGGCAAUUAGUGAAAGCAGGUGUGAAGUACAGGCUGUUGGUCACAGCAAAACAGAUAUUUUGUAUUGUUUAGGUGGUUUGUCUUGAUAUCAUUUCACAUGAUUGAGUAGGAGAAUGAGUCUGACCUUUUCAUUUGGUCAUUUGGAUGAUGGAAUGGAUAUCCUUUUGCAAGCCACCUUCUUUAUAGGCAUGAGCUAAAGUAAAAAGCUUUCCUGAAUUUGUUGUUGGAACGUAUGAAAUCUCAGUGUUGAGAAGACUAAUGUGGAUAACUAUUGUAAUUAGAAGUGUCUUCUGAUAUGGGUUGAGCCAAAAUUUGCCAAUUUUGCCCUAGCUUACUACAUUGUUUGUUUACAGGACGCUAGUGGUGAAUUUUUGGAAAAUAUUUCUUUCCAUCCACUGUUGAAAUGCACUUUGUUUUGCAAUACAGCCUUUUUAGUGCACUCUAAUACCUUUAGAGAUGACAAAAGUAUAAACAUUAAUUAUUACGUUUUUCAAUAAUCACCUCCAAUUUCAAAGAUUAUUAUCAAUUAAGUAGUUUAUUGAAUUUCUUUAGGAUGUUUUAAGGAUGGGUUUUCCUGACCUUUUCACCAAGGUGCAGUUGCGUGUAUUUGGAAUUGCUGUUUGUGGAGAAAUUGAUUGUAUGGAUGUUAUCUUUAUGAUAGAUGCAGAAUAUUGUCACAAUUAAUAUUUUCUUUCAUAAUAUCCCAUUGCAGGAACUUCAUGACAACGUAUAUGCUUCUGGGAUGAUUAAGUGCCUUAGCAUGGAAUGUGUUGCAAUAAGUGUCGCUAUCACUGUUGUCCACUACUUGAGGACUCGCUGUCUAAUACACUAAUUGAUUAGGACAAGAACCUUGUUUUCUAAAUAUCCAGACAAAGGGAAAUUGAAUCGAGAUCCUGACUUUCCUUAAUUUGGUGCAGAUUAAAGAUUCCAUUGACAUUAUAAACCUGUUAUUGAAAAGAGAGUGCUGGAAAUUUAAAAUUAAAAACAGGAAAUGUUAAGGAUAUAAAAUUCUAAUGAAGAGUAAUUCACCCAAAAACUUAACUGUUUCUCCUGAUUUGACUAGCCUGCUGAAUACCCCAAGCAUUUUUCUGCUUUGGAACACUUGCAAUCUGCAGCAGCAGUUGGAGAAAUGUUUCUUCAUCCUAUCCUCCACAUGACCACCAAAAUCACUGUCUUUGCAAUCUUUAUUGGCAGUUUGUUGUGUGCAUGUUACUGUAGUAUAAUUCCAUGUAUAUUGAAUCACAGUAGUGCUACAUACGACAAACUAAUUUAUUUCACUCUGCCACUUCAUUAGUGUUUUUUGACCACUAUUCUCAUUGGCACCCAAUCUCCCACCACUCUGCCUCCACAUUAGAAUACUUUUUGACCACUAUUCUCAUUGGUACCCAAUCUCUCACCUUCUCUCAAUAUAUGCUUGAUAAUUAUUUAAAUAUUUGAAGUUUUUAAUUGCUUUCACAACAUUGUUAUGACCUUAAGGGUGAUCCAAUACAUGUUUGUAUUUUCCCUCUCAGUAUUCUUAAAUUUAGUCUACAUGUUCCGCCACUGCCUCUCUUUGCAGUCUCUCGCUGUGUAGAACUGGUUGGAUGCAGUGUUACUGGUCUGAUUAUAGGCACACUAACUAUCUUAAAUAGUUUUCUAUAUUUCGGGGAACAUCCCCACUCACACCAGAUAUCUGUCCUUGGCUACUUUCCCUUUGCUUCUAGACAAUGUUUAGGCGCAUAGAGUUUACACACUUGUUAAAGUUGCUCUCCUCAAGCUUUGCAGAACCAUAAACCUACUAUCUGAUGGAUUCUUCAAAAAUCAGUUUUGUACGUUUAAUUUCCUGCACCUUAAUACAUGUAAGACUAAUGAUCUCUGAUAAAUGGCAAAGACUGCAUAUUCUCACCAAUGUUUCCUUAACUGGUGCUCUCUUUGAAACACAUUUCCUAACUUUCUUCUUUCAUCUCCAUAUAAUUUUAAUCAGAAAGUGUGUCCAUUUUAGGAAAGCUACCUCAACCCAUCUACUGGUGAAAUCCUCACUUAGAGCAUCAUCACUUCCGGGUUCCUUAAAUUGAAAAGGCACAUAUUGGUGUUUAAAAUUAGGUGCCAAUUUGGACAAGGGACACAGUGCUUGCACAUCCCAAUAUCCUGCUUCCAUCUCUUCUGUUCAUUCUCUGAUUGGCCUUUAUUUGACCUAGCAGAAUUGUCCUUACGGUGUUUCUUUUUUAAACCAAAAUAUGACUAUUUAAAAAUAGAUUGCAUUAUUAUACAAUACUUUCAGAUUAUAAUACAUCUUGGUUUACAUCAGUUGUUGGGAACUUGGUGUAGUCACAUCUGUGUGUAAAAUAAAACUUGGCUAUUGGAAUUAAAAUAGCUAGCAAGUUUAGAACAGUACAGCACAAGAACAGGCCCUUCGGCCCACAAAGUCUGUGCCGAACUUGCUAGCUUCUCAAUCACUAUGCGUUGGAGGCAUUACUUUUACUGCGUACAAUUAACAGUAAAACUACUAGUUAAACUAUGUGAUUUAAUUGUUCAAGAAGGAACUGCAGAUGCUAGAAAAUCGAAGGUACGCAAAAAUGCUGGAGAAACUCAACGGGUGCAGCAGCAUAUAUGGAGCGAAGGAGAUAGGUAACGUUUCGGGCCGAAACGUUAACGUCUGAAGAAGGGUUUCGGCCCGAAACGUUACCUAUCUCCUUCGCUCCAUAUAUGCUGCUGCACCAGCUGAGUUUCUCCAGCAUUUUUAUGUACCUUUUAUGUGAUUUAAUUGCUUGUUUUAUUUCCUACCUACAAGUCAGUACACAGGAAUAGGAAACUCUUGGAUGAUCGAUAUUUUCUUUUGGCUUACUUGUAAUCUGUCACUUUCAACUGGACAGUAUAUCUUCCUGUGGUGUGGAUCCAAGGAGUAAAUCCAGUAUGCCAAGUUAGCUAAAAUUGGAGCCUUUAAUUGCAACUUACCUGUGUCAAGCCUCUUUUUAAUAUAAAAUCUAUUGUCCUAUUAAAUAUUACAUACCCACUAAAAAUCAGUGAUUACUGCAUAUGUGGAGCCUAAUAACUGCCCAGUUUCAAUUUUCACGUUGGAGAAUGUUAUGCAUUUUGGGUCCAAAGUGGAUGACUUUGCACUUCCCUAUAUUAAGUCCUCUUCUAUUGUCUUUUUCUAUUUCAAUGUUUUUUCAAAUUUCAUCUAGAAAUGGGUGCAAAACAAUUGCAGACAUCUGUUUUAGAUGUAUUGAAUUAUGUUAGUGCAUGCAAUGUAUUUGUGAUGAACAUUGUCUUUUUUUUUAAAUUCCUGGUUUGUCUUUAUUUUAAGGCUGUUUUCAAAGCGAAGGAAAGCAUGGUAUUUUUACUUAAGAUGUGUAUAUUCCCCAUCAUUGCACAAUGAAAAGUCUUGGCAUGUUAUAUCAGUCCUUGCUGGAAAGCAGUUCUUACUAAGGAAUGCUGAUUUCCUUAAAUUCGAUUUAUCCAUUUAGUCAUGUAAACCAACAAUUGGUAAUAUUACAACUAGUCUCACUUUUUUUAUAUUUGUACAAGUUGAGCAUAAAAUAGGCAAUUUCUAUUAUGGAAUUUAUUGAUCCCUCCAUUGCACAAUGAUCUAACAAAUGGAUAUGUUUUCAUUCCUCAUUCCAUGUGAGAAUGAUGUACUAAAUUUAAUUUUGAAAAUUUCAAGAAAUUUGAGAUAUGUUUGGUAAUUUUUUUUUGAAGAAUUUAUUCUGGUGGUUUAGUAUUGCCUUGCUGAUAUUAAGGAUAUAUAUAUAUAUAAUCAACUUAAAGUGGGAUUGGAGGUUUCGUAGGCAGACUGGGUGGUGAUGGCUCGUUCCUUUACUUGGAAUCUUGACACAAAUACAAACCCAUUGUACUCGACAAUAUUAAGCAAAUUAGGCUUUUACAACAAACCAGCUUGUGUGAGCACCUCCUUUUGCUGCUGGCUCACAAAUUGGCAAAUUAAUUUUCAUGACUAAUAGAAUUUAGUCCAACAAUUAAAAAUCAAGUAUGAUAAUUGCUAGAUUAUAGCAAUCUGAUUAUUGCAUCUGAAAUAAUUUACUAAGAUUCUAUUUAUUAUUAAAAAAAAGUUGCUGGUGGUGAUAUACUGAAAUUUUAGUGAUGAAUAUAGAUCUGUGAUGGUAAGCAGAGAAAAUUGGAGGCAAGACUUGGACUUGUAUUUCGAUUGCAGGAGGUUUCAGUCCUGGAAGAAUGCAACAGUGAGGUAGGUGAAGGAAAAGGGAAUGAAAUGGAUGCAUCCAAAUAUAUUUUAAAAAGAAAAGCAUCAUUCUUUUUUUUGAUUAAAUUUGACCAACCAAUAUAUUCUGUACCAGUUAAAACUGACUUGCAUUACUCUGCCUUUUGGCAUAAGGAAGCUGAAUUUGAAGAGCCGUGUUAAGCGCAGUGGGAAUGUGGAGGCUAUGGUAUUUAUUUUCAGAGUGACAUGACCUUUGGCAUUUUGAUCAGCAAUAAAAUAAAUCAUACUCUAACAGAUAACAAAUUGAGAUUUACUUUUGAAAUUGUUUUUCUGAAUCUUUUAGUUCCAUUGUGUGUAAUGGCAGUUAUGUAUUGCUUCCUUAGUAUGGAAAUAUUUUGCAUUGUUGGUCACUUGCAAUCAUUAAAGGAGUUAAUGAAAAGUUGUGGCAAAUAAUGCCCAAUAAUGAGAGCAAAAGGGAUAAAUUGAGUGUGUUUGUAAUUUCAUUGAACUGUAUCAUUGACAUUUCCAGUGAAAUAAAGUUUGACUUUUUCUUGGACAGUA